AUGGAUCGACCGUCCGUCGGGGGCCCCCAGAUGGGCCUUCCUGGCAAUCCUGCUCAGGGCCGCCGGCCUUUCGCUCCUGCUGGGACUGCCGGCCUCAGCAACAUCCCUCCGCCGCCACCGAUCCCCAAGACCGUGCGAAAGAUGCCCUCCAACUCUGGUCUGACGGCGCCAGCGCCCAUCUCCGCAAGCCAGGUCAUCGUGUUGGCGCGGGAGGCCAUGAAGAAGGCCGUCGAAGAGAACGAGAACCAGGCUGCUGAGGCCAGCGGUGUCAGCAACGAGCUCAAGCCCGGUGUGACUGUCAAUCUGAGCCAUAAGAAUAUCCAAAAGCUGCCUGAGGAGGUUGUCGAUCUCAUAAAAGAUCAAUUGGAAAGACUCGCCCUCUCUCACAACAAGAUCUCGACAUUCCCCGCCCGCUUCUCCGAAUGCACACUGCUGCGGUAUCUGAACGUCCGCAACAACAGGAUAACAGAGUUUCCACUUCAGCUUUGCGACCUGAAAUCUCUCGAGAUCCUCGACCUCGGCCGAAACCAGCUGCGGGAACUGCCGCCUGACAUCGCACGGCUUACCUCCUUGAAAGUCUUCGCGGUCCAAAAGAACGUGAUCAAACGGCUGCCUCUCUGCCUUGCCGACAUGGGCUCGCUGCAGAUGAUUAAGCUCGACGGAAACCCGAUCCAAUUCCCUCCUAAGGAAAUCCUUCAGGCGCAGGCCAGCAGCCCACCUCACGACGGGUACGGCAAGGAGACAGAAGUCAAGGAAGUGACAGUCACCACCAACAUCAAAAAGUUUCUGCGACAGCACUUACAAAACGAUCGGAUGGAGGCGGAGGCGGCUGCAUUUGCGGCUGCGGCAGGCGAGGACUCAUCUGAAGGUGUCGAGACCCCGCGUAUGCCUCCCAUCAAGCGCGUCAUGAGCGGCCGAUUCCCCAUCAAGGUCAACGGCACAGACGUCCCUGACCUUCGUUCACCAAACACGGCAAUUCGACCACCACCAAUCCCCACGCGGUCUCACUACCGUGGCCUUUCUCAACAGAACACAGCGAUACGUCGACCGGGCGUCAUGCCUCUCACAAUCGGGAACGUCAAUGAGCGUUUGCGUAGCAACUCGGAGAAUAUGCUGCAGGUCUCUCGCGCUCAGCAGUCAGGCGACCGCCAGCGACGCAUGGCUUCCAUAUCAAAACGAACUCAGGAGCUGGGUACUCUAGAUGAGACUCAGGCGAAUAAUCGAUUCAGCCACUAUCGCGGCCUCAGUCAUGGGUCAGCGAUGCAGGGGCCGAACGGUUCUGUAGGUUCCGUCAAGAGCCCCGCCAGCCCUGCAGAUUCAUACCUCCAACGCCCAAUUUACGUACGACGGCUUUCGGUCCUGCCUGAGCGCAAGCGCGAGUCCAAAUACAUCGACCCUGUCCUGGAAACCGCCAAGGGUGUCCUCUACUCCGUCUUCCAGAUCCACCCCAUGAUUCAGAUGCUCAUGGGCCUCGCCAGCGACGGUUCGCCCAAGCGAUCGAGCCUCGAGAUUGUGUUUUACAACACGAGCGUCCACGUCGAGGAGCUCGAGCAGGAGAUUCAGAGACACGAGGUGGCCGAGUCGGAGGAAAUUGGCCUCAUCGAGAACGAGAGCGCUCACAGAGCAUGCAUUACGCUGGUGAACGCCUACGCACACGUGUGCUCGUUGCUGGCGACCAAUGUUGACUUGUUUAUCGAAAACGGCGACCCCCGGUAUAUCCGUACGCUUCUCAUGCAGCUGUAUAAUAGCAUCAUGGAGCUGCGCGUCACGGUAUCCCAUCCAAACCCUGACGCCGGUUACAGGAGAGCCGCAAGCAGGGCCGCCAUGGGCGGGACGAUCCGGCCUCCGCCACAUUCUCGUGAGAGCUCAGUCACUCCCACGGCGGAGCGGCCAGGGCACGGCUUCCGGUCUCGCAGUGGAAACUUUGUCCACAACCCCAGUAAUCUGAGAGUUGCCACGGACGUUCCUCUCAAUCCACUGCCGGUACCUUACAUCAACGGCACUGGCAGAACUGCCACCAUCACGCCUACCCCGCGGUCUGGAGAGUCGUGGACGUCUUCUACAAGCAGCAGAGGCGCCAAUGGAGAGUUCAACGAGGAGGAGCGGUCGUUUGAGCGAAUCUUCCUGUCUCUCCAGAGGUCAAGCGAUCUGAUCAUGCGCACGCUGCCGGUGUUGAACACGCAAUUUGGGGCCUGCCUUGACAAUGCCAUGGCCAACAACCGCCCCAAGGCCAAGCAGUGCUGGCGCAUGCUGAUCGGCAAGUGUAAUGUUGCUAUUCAACAUACUGAGGCUCUCAAGAAGUGUCUCUCGGCGAUCAAGCUCAAGGAGCCCGGCAUCAAGACCUACAGUGCCCUAUGGGCGCUCUGCAAUAACUUUAUGGGCGCCUGCGUCAAAGAGACCCACAACCUCAUCGUCUCGUCUCCCUGGGAGCACUCUUUCCGUGCACAUGGUCACUCCACCUCCAUGUCCAGUGCCUAUGGUGGUGGUGGUGGUGGCGGCGGCGGCGGCUCGUCCUCGCAGGGCCAGUCUCAGCUGCCGAUGACGCCACAGUCUGCCGCCCUGGGUCCUGCCGUACAGGCAACUGUGCCGUCUACUCCUCAGAGUGCAUCCUUCGCAGGCGCUUUCAAUGGUAAUGUCUUUGAGAGGGCUGAUGCCUUGAUGGCAUAUGGUGGACGCUCCAUGGGUCCACGCACGGGUACAUUUUCGAGUCAUAACUCCUCGAGCCUGAGCUCUAUCAACAGCACAUUCUCAUCUGCCGAUGAGUUCGUCACCCCCAACUCUACUAUGAGCUCCAACAUGUACAAUGGCGGCCCUCUGCCGCUACGCCUCAAUAACGGCAGCAAGGUCGGCUUUUGA